UAUAACUUGGCAUCUUAUCAAAGGCCACUCUUUAGGUUCGUUUACAGACGUAAACGUUGUGAGCCUGAUGUGUACUCAACUUUAAAAUGAGGUUACAUCUGUGGGAUUGUCUAUCAGAACAAGCCAACAUUAAAAGAAUAUCGUCUAAGUAUUGCCUAGCGGACAUUCACCAAAUAUCAUAUCAGUUUGUGUUGUUCGGUGCUCUGUUCCUGGCGCAUUUAUUAUAACACUGCCUUAAUGUUUACUGCAUGUUGCGCUAUUUUACGACGUGCUUUUAAGGUCUCGUUGGUUAUUGUACUGUUCUGCAUAGUGUUUUCCUGAAACCUGAAACAUUAGCCAUCAAAAAAUCUAAUUGUUUUCAGCGGUUUUGUCCCCUCCUGCAGAUCGACUAGCUUGUGACUGAAAGCGCCAAAAGAUCAUCAUCCGAAGUUAAUUCCUGUGAAAGUUGGAUUCUUCUCGAGUGCGUUUGAUGGAUUCACUCUUGCACUGCACUGUUUGUCCUAUCGAGCAAGAUUCUGCGACAGCGACACUUAACGCGACAGCUUGGACAUCUUAGGUGAUACGUCCCAGUUGAGCCGCUACCGGCGGAUGUGAGUGGAUCCGCCGCAGCGAGAUCGACCGUGCUAAUUUACAGCCGGCAUUCGUUGCAUCUUAAAAGACAUUCAGCGCGUUUAGCUGCUGUGCUGCUACUAUUGGCACAGUCCAAUAUGGAUUCUCAAGCAUGCUUCACGUCACCCAUCGGACUGACCAAUCAGAGCGCGGCAUUUUCUUCCUUUGCGCGCAACUUUCCCCGUUUACUGCAGCCAUCCUACGACGUGCAUUCCUAUUCUCCUGACAAGGAGGAAAAAGAGCUCUUUCUGAGCCACUCCGAACACAACAAAUAUGUGUUAUCAGAAUGCGGCAACUGCGAUAAGACGCAAUAGUGAGUUCCUGAACAUAGGCUCCAAUAACGGCGGCUGCGUCGUGGGCGGCGUUGAUAACGGCAGCAAUAUGAGUGUGCCGGCCGGAAGUCGAACCCCCCACGAAGUUAAUGGCGGUGAACCGACCAACUUGUCGGUCAAGAUUCCGCCUGCUGACGCACAAGCCACAACCAAUCAGAGUAACACCGGAACACGCCUCAGUUUACGCGAGAUCUUGCAGAACAACAAACCCGAAGAAUGUGACGACAUUCAGUCGAACGCCGAUGACCAUCACGAUAACGCCAGCCAUGUGGAUUCCUUUUCUGAGAAUGAGAGUGACGAUGAUAUGGGUAAUAAGCCGGAAGAGAACGGAGCGAGCCUGACAAUGGGCGCGAUUAUGGGAAACGGGGAAAGCAUGUCAGAAAACGGUAGCGAUGUACAGAUGAAGAAAAGCCGAGUGGAAAGCAUUGUCUCCAGUAUUCGUGCACCAUCAAACGGCACCUCCUCACCGGAAAACUCGGAAAGUAUCGGCGGGGAAAGCCGUAAAACUAAGCGCAAACAGGUGUAUCCCAAGCAACAAAUUGACAGUGACAACGGCAUGGUGAACGAAAAAGAUUUAUGGCGGAAGCAACUGCUGAUGAUGCAGCAGCAAAUCAACGUUAUGCAGGAACGCUAUGACAACCUGCCAAGCUUCCGUGGCGGCGGCAUUAAACGCCAGCUGGAUGACAUAGAUGGACCGGCCGGAGGAAACGACUUUAUGAUCCCUGUUAUUGAGCGUGGCCUGGAGAAUGUGCAGGUUAGCAAUGAGGAAGUCAGGAAGUUGGCCGUGCUGAUAUCGGCGGAAAUCCAAGAGCAAAUCAACCCAAUUAUCUCCUCCGUUUUGGCGAAGUAUAUUCGCAAGCCCAAGGAGAACGCCCCGCCCCCGGCUAAAAAUAAGGCACGCACCCGAACGCCGACACCGGCGCCUCAAGCGGAAACACCAGCCCGAUCGCCCUCGGUGGCCAGUCAGGCCGUGCGCGCGGUGAAAAUCGAGCGAACCAAACAACCAGUCAACCAGCUGCCCGGCGAAAUGGUUCACACCAACAAGCACUUCACUCCGCUGUACAGUAUGGGUUUUCCGCCCCGACCGUUCUUCAGUAACGAAAGCAAACUGGGCAAUGAUUUCUUCAGUAUGUCGCACUUUGCGGCCGCGGCCAUGGCGUCCGCCGCGCCCACCAUGUACAAUCCGCAUUUUCAGAAUUUCCUCCGACCCGGUUCUACCCGGAACAGACAGGAGGCCAUUCCGCUGGUGGUCUCACAGAAAAAGAAGCGUCAUAAGGUCACCGAUACGCGCAUCACACCGCGCGUAAUGAGUAAAGUGAUGAACCAGAAGGAGGAGUUGGUGUCCGACAACCGCAAAUUCCUCCCGUCGUCCCCAAAUGCGGUCAACGGCGCCGUGCACAUGGGUUUCAGCGCCAGUAGCCAUCCGUUGCUGGCACGAUCUCUGGCGACGCAGAGUGCACUGAAUCAUUCCGAAUCAUCGGCCUUCCAUCCGUCGGGAUUGGAUGUCAGUCGAACACUGUUACCGGCGGGCGGCGGUAACUUUUACGCCCACCCCGGACUGGACAGGCGGGAUGUAGUCAGUCCGACAGAGAACAGUAUGGAAAACGGAAGUAACGACAUGAAUGAACAGAACUCGCUGGACGGAAGCGACUCCGCUACCGAAAUAUCCGGUGGUCGCCAGCCAAGUGCUCCUUUUCCUUCGAGAGGCGAUUCCCUGACUUUCGCCCACUCGAGCACAUUAACGCCCAUGCAUUUGCGUAAAGCCAAAUUGAUGUUCUUCUACACACGCUAUCCCAACUCGGCCACGCUGAAGACCUUCUUCCCGGAUAUCAAAUUCAAUAAAAAUAACACGGCCCAACUUGUCAAAUGGUUUUCCAAUUUCCGGGAGUUCUACUAUAUCCAAAUGGAGAAGUAUGCCCGGCAAGCCUUAGCAGAAGGACUAGAAAAUGCCGACGAUAUUCAAGUCUCCAAGGAUUGCGAAUUAUACCGGACGCUAAACUUGCACUACAAUCGUAAUAACCAUAUCGAGGUCCCCGAUGCCUUUCGUGAAGUGGUGGAAGAGACGCUUAAAGAGUUUUUCAAGGCGAUCCAAGUUAAUCGGGACCAGGAGCCGUCAUGGAAAAAAGCCAUUUACAAAAUCAUCAAUCGAAUGGAUGACAUUAUUCCCGAAUAUUUCAAGUCGGCUCACUUUUUGGAGCAACUUGAAUAAUCCUGAUCAAAAAACCCCCAACGUAUCAACAAAUACCGUCCAACGUGCGUUUCCCCCUUGAGUUGUACUGACAGUUUAUUAGUCUCGUAAAUUUUCGGUCAGGAUUGUGGAGAAUAGGAGAUGCAUAUUCCGUCGUGAUCUGAGAAAACCAUUCCAGCAAAAAUACAGUGUUCUUCGGUCGGCUUUAAAUGUCCGAGUCAGUGAGACCAUUUCAUUCCUAAAUUUUUGUUUCAUUUUAUUUGUGUUGGUGCAAAAUGCCUUCGGUUGAUUACAUCUAGUCGCUGUCUUCGCUAUCCUGUCUGGAAAAGAAUGCAAGUGUUUAUCGAGAAAUUUUCGGUUCUGUAUGGUAAUUUCUUGUUCCUCUUCGACCUGUAGCCUAAUUGUGCGAAUCCAGUUUUGUACAGAGUGCUUGUCGUUACUACGUAUUUUUAUGUUUCUUCUGCACUGCUUCUUUGAUCUGCGCGGUAAAUAGUUCCUAAUUUG